UUGAUCGCCAGUGUCCGAGAUGUGAUAAAAUUGUUAACAAACUUUUGGCAACAUGAAGGGGCUCCUUGUAUUGCUCUCUGCGGUGGCAUUCGCGGCCUGCACGCCAACAAUCGGAAUUCUUUCUAAUGUUGCUGGGGGUCUACUAGGACACGGCGGCGGCGUUGGGACCGGAUCCGUACUAGGAGGGGGCCAGGGGGGAAUCUCAGAUACCCUUGGAUCAGCUGUAGGAGGUCUUAUUGGAGGAAAGAGGACAGCCGAUGGCAAAACCGACAAUGGCUACAAGCAACUCGGGUACGUCGACCCAAAAUACGCGGGUACUGGUCUCGGCGGUGCUCUUGCAUCUUUCACCCAAGGUCUGACUGACCACGUCGGAAAUGCUGGCAGCAUCUUGGAUGAUGUUCUUCACCUAAGAAUCCCUGCUGUUCUCGAUGAUGGAUUCAACGCUAUCAUUGGUGUGGGUCGCGGUCUGGGCAGCAUCAUUGAUUCCUUAAUCCCGGGACUUGGUUCUCUGUUUGGAAACUUGGUGGUUUCCAUCGGAAAGAUCCUCAUCUGUCUCUACGGGUCUCCAGGCUUAUCUGGCAGUCUUCUCGGCAGAACUCCAGGACAGGACAACCCACGCGAUAUUCCAUACAUUUGCACUCCAGCGUAUGGUCGCAACUGGGGCUCCGCCUACGACGGGCCAUACAACGCCAAUUCCAUAAUCAGCCACUACCAUGUUAGCAACGCUAAGCAACAGGCCCUGGACUUCAUUAACGAAUUCACAAAUGGACAGGGUCUUGAUGGAUUAACCGGAUCCCGCAAGAUUGUCUGCUCUCACAUCCUCAACCUAGCUGAAAUCAUGGACAAGGGCUCAAACAACUGGUCAGACGCUGACGUAACCAACGUCGCGAUCAACCUGCUGAUUGUGCAAGGAGCCCUAGCUGAGAGCCAGCAGAAGGGACUUGGGGUUCAAGUGGUGGACCAAUGGAUCGCCACUCUCAACAAGAGCAAUAAAAACAAGAGAUUCCCUGAUCUCUCCAAAUACCGUUCUCAAAUCAUCGCGGUCCUCAACUACUCAACCCAAGAUAGCUGGGGCGGAGCUUUCAUCCAAUCUGGUUCCGGCAAAGUUAUUUCAUCUGGCAACACUGGCUACGGAUCCAGUGGCAAUGGAAAUGAUGACGGAUCAAACGAUGACUGCUAAAAAAUUACUUUUAAAACAGGACGUCUUUUAAAAAGCUUCUAAAAUGUGUUCACUCUGUUAGUAAUAAUAUACAUGCAUAUAGUCCCACCUGUAUUGUCGGCGGGUUGUGCAGAAACCACAAAUUUCCACUUGCUACGAUAAUAACAAUAGUUAUGGUUUUAAAAAGGCCUUAUACAGAUUAUAAAAAAUAAAUUAAGUCACAUAACAA